GUCAUGGGCCAGGACACAGGUCCCGGUGCGUAUAUGCUUGAAGGUUAUACCAUGAGGGGAGCGGAAGAAAUGAAUUAUCUUUUGAAUGGCGUUGUCACCCUUCCAUUGGCUACAUAAAUCUCGCGCGAAAUGACAAAAAUACAUUAAGUCUAUAUUCCGAUCAUCACCCUUCCAAAUCCAAACUCCAUUUUAACUCACUGCAUUUGCCGCUUAAAUUCCCGACCGAUCUUCUCCUCUUCUGUUUCGUUUCCCGCCAAAUCUUCAGUAAGAAACGUGAAAGCAAUGGAGUAUCGGGGAUGCUUGUUGUAACUGAUGAAAGAAGGAAGGAAAUGCUUCUAGCAAUUCCUUGUUUCCAUUUUCUUCAAUUUCUGAUUGGGGAGUUGAAAUUGAUCAUUCCCAAGGCUUUGAACAGGGAAUCCUGUAACAUCAAUGGAGGCAUUUCUUAUGUUGGUCCAAAAGAGUUCCUUCACGAAACUCCACAGCGGUUCAUUGGGUCUACAUGAUGCAAGUAUUAAGCGUACAACAACUGUUCAAAAGUGCUCUCCAGAGAUCCUUAAACAGAUAAGAUCUGAAAUCAGCCACUUUCGUGGAUGUAAAAUGCGAGCAGUUUGUACUACCUAUCCAUUUCGUAUUGCUGAUGUCCGUGUCUCUCAAAAGAUCAAUUCUGUGAACCUAAAUUAUACCAGUGCUUCUGUUCUUGAAGAUACGACUUGGCCUUCUCCUGAUGAUGAAAUCCGGUUCUGGGAAAAAGAUUUCCCUACAUGGGAUCCGAGUCUGCAUACUCCAAUUGAUGUAGAAAAGGAUUCUGAUCCUAUGUACGUUAUUCAUGUCACAGCUGAAAUGGCACCGAUUGCAAAAGUUGGUGGUCUCGGAGAUGUUGUUACAGGCCUUGCCCGUGCUUGUUUAUCACGUGGCCACAAAGUGGAUAUAAUGCUCCCCUUCUAUGAGUGCAUUCAGAAGCAGCACAUUAAUGAUUUACAGCUAACUGGUACAUAUAACUCAUUUCAUGAUGGAAACUGGGUUCCUACUAAUGCAUAUCGUGGAGUAGUUUCUGGCAUCCCUGUGAUAUUCAUUGAUCCAAACAACAACUACUUCAAGGGGCAGUCUGUGUAUGGAGGUUCCUACGAUGAGCUUGAGGCAUAUAUAUUUUUCUGCCGUUCUUGCCUUGAAUGGAUGCAGGUUACUGGGACACAACCAGACAUCAUCCACGUCCAUGAGUGGCAGACUGGUGCCGUGCCUCUACUUUACUGGGACAUGUAUCAUCAUCUCUCCAUUAAGAAACCAAGAUUAGUUUUGACAAUCCACAACAUGGAGCAUUACGGCGAGUGCAGGGUUGAGCAACUAAACAAGUGUGGUCUUGAUGGAUCUUUAUAUGCAACUAUUGACAAGGCAGUUGAUGAUCGGACAAUUGGCCAUAAUCCUGAGAGAUUGAGCUUAUUGAAAGGUGGAAUUGUAUACAGCAACGCUGUGGUGACAGUCUCUCCAACAUAUCUUAAGGAAACCCUGUGCUCCGGCUGGCUUGCAAGCACUCUAAUAAGAAAUAAUGACAAGUAUUAUGGUAUUUUAAAUGGAAUCGACACUGCCCUCUGGAAUCCGGCUACGGAUGUUUUCUUGCCUGCUAAUUUCAGUGCACAAGAUGCUGAAGGCAAAAAGAAAUGCAAACGCUAUGUCCAAAAGGGGCUUGGUUUAGAUCUAGAGUGCACGCUGGCUGGUAUAGAUGUGCCAAAUAAUGCAAAUAGGGUACCGCUGGUUGUCUGCAUUACUCGGUUGGUUGCUCAGAAGGGUCUACACUUGAUUAAUUCUGCAAUAAAGUGCAUUGAAGAACUUGGUGGACAAAUGGUUCUACUGGGAAAAGCUCCAGAUGGUAGAGUUGAAAGAGAAUUUGAGGGACUCGCAAAAGCGCAUAGCGAAGGUAGCAGCGUAAGAAUCCUUCAGAUAUACAGUGAGGAGCUGUCCCACAUGCUGUACGCAGCAGCAGAUAUAGUAUUGGUUCCCUCAAUGUAUGAGCCCUGUGGACUUGCUCAAAUGAUUGGCAUGCGCUAUGGAGCGGUACCGAUAGUCCGAAAAACUGGCGGCCUUGCAGAUACCGUCUUUGACAUGGAUGAUCAGUCAAAUCUCGAUAAUGCAAAUGGGUAUGUCUUUGAAGGUAUUGACGAAGGAUCCUUGAGUUCGGCUAUGGAGCGUGCUUUCCGUCACUACAAAGAGAAAGCAGAUGAGUGGGAUGAGCUUGUUAAGAAGGUGAUGGAAAUAGACAAUAGCUGGAACAAUACGGCUGGAAAAUACAUUGACGUCUACAACUUGAUAAGAGUGAGAGGGUAGCUGACUGUAGCUGACUGCUGCCACGUUGUUUUUAGCGUACUACUAGAAGCAUUUUUUUCCCUUCUUACCCGCAAUAAAAUCAAAGUAGAGAGUUCUUUUAUUUAUUUUGUGUGAAGCUUAAAUUAAAGAUGAUGUUGUUCCCUGAUCAUUCUGUCUUUAUUACACUCUAAUCAGAGGUGCUUGAAUCUGAUUUCCGUUGA